GCGGCCGGCCCUGCCGCUGUCGCUGCUGCUGCUUCUGCGGUAGCCGGUCCCGGUGCGGGGAGGCUAGUGGGCGGACCAACAGACGGACGCACACGCAGGAACGCUGCGCCCCCCGGCCCCGCUCCAGCUCCGCCGCCCGCCCCCAGGCCGCCGGUUCAGCCACCACUCGUCUCGGUGUUGCUCGGCGCCCCGGUUCGCCAUGCGCCGCGCCGGUGUCCUGGCGCUUCUGCUCUGCGCGGGGCAAGUCAUUGCCCUCCCUGUGAACAGCCCUAUGAAUAAAGGGGACACUGAGGUGAUGAAGUGCAUCGUUGAGGUCAUCUCUGACACACUGUCCAAGCCCAGCCCCAUGCCUGUCAGCCAGGAGUGUUUCGAGACACUCCGAGGAGAUGAACGGAUCCUCUCAAUCCUGCGACAUCAGAACUUGCUGAAAGAGCUCCAAGACCUCGCUCUGCAAGGUGCCAAGGAGAGGUCACAUCAGCAGAAGAAACACAGCAGUUUUGAGGAUGAGCUCUCAGAGGUUCUGGGGAAGCAGGACGACCAGGCCGAUGUGAAGGAGGUGCCUGGAGAAGCAUCCCCCAGGGACGCCGCCGAGAAAAGAGGGGAUUCUGAGGAGGCGAAGAGUGGUGAAGACACGGAUGGGGCCAGGCCCCAGGCCUCCCCAGAGCCUGGGCAGGAGCCCAAGGUUGAGGACAACCAGGCCCCAGAGGAGGAGGAGGCCGCCAACACCCCCCUCCCCAGCCAGAAACACCCAGGCCCACAGGCCAAGGGUGACAGCGAGGGCCUCUCCCAAGGUCUGGUGGACAGAGAGACGGGCCUGGGUGCAGAGCAAGAGCAGCAGGCAAAGAGAGGAGAGGAGGAGGAGGACACAGAGGCUGGAAAGAAGGCUGUCCCUGAGGAGGAAGGCCCCACCGCAGCAUUGAAGCCCCACCCAAGCCUUGGCUACAAGGCGCUCCGGAGGGGCAAGAGCUGGUCCGAGGCUCUGGCCGAGGGUGGAGCCAGGAAGACUGGGGCGGAGGAGGCACCGCGCCCCGAGGGGAAGGGGCAGCACUCCCAGCAGGAGCAGGAGGAGCGGCUCUCCAAGCAGUGGGAGGAUGCCAAGCGGUGGAGCAAGAUGGACCGGCUGGCCAAGGAGCUGACGGCCGACAGGCGGCUGGUGGCAGAGGACGAGGAGGACGACCCUGACCGCCCCAUGAAGCCCGCCUCCAGGGCCCGGGCCGAUGGCUCCCGGGGCCCUGGGCUGCAGCUGCGACGAGACUGGAGGCCGUCCUCCCUGGAGGACAGCGUGGAGGGGGGCCUGCCCCUCCAGGUGCGCAGCUACCCGGAGGAGAAGAAAGAGGAGGAGGGCAGUGCCAACCGCAGACCAGAGGACCAGGAGCUUGAGAGCCUGCUGGCCAUUGAGGGGGAGCUGGAGAAGGUGGCCCACCAGCUGCAGGCGCUGCAGCAGGGCUGACGUGCCAGUUGGCCCCAUCAGCCAGGGCUCCAAGGCAUCCUGUGGUCCUGGCUCUGUUGUCCCCUUUGCAGGUCCUGGCCAGACGGCCUGGGCGCUGCUUCUGGUAGGGAGGCUGGGCCCAGCCCACCCUCCUGCCCCCACAUCCUUUCCUUCACCCCUGCCCCUGUGUACCCCUCUGUAGGGCUGACCCCUAUGACUUUUAAGGAUUACCUUCUCUCUGAACACAGGCAGCUCUCUAGAGUUUCCUUUCUACCAUCAGAGCCAUUGGCACAACUGCAGUAACUUCCGAUCUUUGGUGAGAGCUGAGAGCUCCUGCUUGUAAUGUACUCUGUAUGAAAUUUAUCUAAGGAAAAAUAAAUCUGCUCUGGGCUCUUUCCUCUU